UCUGGAGGAAGAAGCGGGACCCAGACCAGACCCAGCACUAAGACCGGCAAGACGUGUGUCAGAAGUCUCCUGGUAAAACUGUUUUUCACUCUCUCAGCAAGGACGUUCUCAGCAUCUGUUAAAAAAAUCCUCUCCGUUGUUGUGUCAGAAUGGCAUCUAAGCGCGCAGCUCUGGAUACUGAACCGGACACAGUGGACAAAGUGCCCACCAAGCCGAAGCCCAAGAGGAAGAAGCCCAGCCCUCCCAAGGUCCCAAAGUGUGGAUGUAGAGGGGACUGUAGGACAAGAAAAUGUGCCUGCGGAAAGAAGGGGGAGGCCUGCGGGGACUCCUGCAAGUGUACUGGCUGUGUAAACCCCUUCAGCAUCCUCAAGGAGUACAACAUCGACUUGCCAGAUGCAGCCCAGGACAAAUGUCUCAUGGACAACAUCUACAAGGUAAAAGACCUGAGAGGCCGCCUGGAGCAGACUUAUGAACUGGAGUGCUGUGAGGAGUCUGUACAGCUGAAGGAUAUGUUACCCAGGGUGUGCCACUGUCCUGGGGAGGAGUGUGGCUAUGAGUGGCAGUACUCCUGGUGUUGGGACCGAUUCAUAGAUGAGGAGUAUCGUCCCAGGUACCACUGUGAGAAGUGUCGCCGUUGUGGGGACUACAGGGGGGACCAUUGUGAUAGAUGCAACCAGUGCUACUUUGCAGGCCACUACGGUUUCCCGUGCCCCUGCCGGGAGGAGGAUGAGGUGGGCAGUGACGACGAGGAACGUGAAACAUGCGCUGUUAUGUAAAGCUCAGAUUCCUGCAUCUUCCAGGCACAUCGAACUGCAAGGCCCAUUACAUAUGAUAGGGUGUUGCUUUUUAAGCCAGAUGUAACACUUUAGCAUUCAAGUUUUAUUUAGCCUUAUAUCUUUAAAAAGUUCAGUGUCAAACUUUUAAUUUUUUUCAUAUUUGAAAGUUGUUGUUAUUAAUAAAGCCAUGAUUAUUAUGCUUUAUGAUACAUGUAACAAGCCAGUUUACAAUGCAUCAAUUUUAUACAUGUAACAGUUAUAAUGUUACUGGUAUAAUGUAAGUAAAGUUGUUGGACAUUAAAAUGCCAUAUUUACCAACAUC